UCAAGAUGGCGAACAGAAUGACGUUCUAUACUGCAUGAAAUACCGUCAGAAUUUCAACAUCAAGCUUCAAAAGAUACUUCGAACCAAAUGAAAAUGUAGAGAUAUGGAUGGAAAGAAUUAUUUGGUGUUUCCUCUCGUAAUUUGGCUAUGGUUUUUGUCUCAGAUAUUGCAAAAUGGUGGCGUGAAAAACAUAGAUUGUUAGUGUUUGUUAUUUUGGUUUGUGUUUUGACACGAGCCAGUCACGUACCACUUGGUUGCAUCAAAAAUAAAACCGAAGGAUUAUGGUUUGAUUUUAAAACUUCUGUUGUGGAAAAUGAAUACAUUGUGCUGUUCGACGGAUACUAUACUGAACCAAAGCGAAUUGUGUUUGUGAGCGAAGCUUUAAGUAUCGUCCAUGUACCUUCGUGGGAGUUGAUUCCUCGUAACAAUCCUGCCAGACAGUUUCCCAGUGACUUCUCGUUGAUAAGGAUAAGUCAGAGUGAAGAAGAAGGGCUCGAAGCUCUUCUAUUACAUCCCAAGAUACGGAAAGUAACUCCUCAAAGAAAAGUUCAAAGAUUUCUUCAUUACGCUGAAGAAGUUGAUGAUGACCAAGAUGGUAAUAGUUCUGGUGGUUGCCAUGACAACUGCUGGACUGUUGAUGACUGGAGUGCUCGAAAGGGGACUCGUUCUAGCCUUUCCAUGCUUCAAAUGUCAAAUAUUGAGGAUCCUGCAAAAAGAAGGCUACUGAGGGCCAUACCACGUCAGAUCACACAGACGUUACAAGCAGAUAUAUUGUGGAGCAUGGGUUACACUGGACAAGGUGUGAAAGUGGCAGUGUUUGAUACAGGAUUACAUCAACAACAUCCACAUUUCAAGAAUAUCAAAGAUAGAACGAACUGGACAAAUGAAAAAUCAAUGGAUGAUGGUCUUGGACAUGGUACGUUUGUAGCUGGUGUCAUCGCUUCCAAAGAAUGUUUAGGUUUCGCUCCUGAUGCGGACCUCCAUAUUUACAGAGUUUUUACAAAUAACCAGAUUUCCUAUACAUCUUGGUUUUUGGACGCGUUUAACUACGCGAUAUUAAAGAAAGUUGACGUUCUUAAUUUAAGUAUUGGUGGUCCAGACUUCAUGGAUCAACCUUUCGUUGACAAGGUAUGGGAACUGACGGCUAAUGGUGUUAUAAUGGUGUCGGCCAUUGGAAAUGACGGUCCACUUUACGGAACGUUGAACAACCCUGCGGAUCAGAUGGACGUUAUUGGUGUCGGAGGAAUCAACUUUGAAGAUCAAAUUGCGCGCUUUUCAUCCCGUGGAAUGACUACCUGGGAGCUACCCGGUGGUUAUGGCCGUGUCAAACCUGAUCUUGUUACCUAUGGUUCUGGAGUGAGGAGUUCUAAAUUGAGAGGUGGUUGUCGAUCGCUAUCCGGUACAAGCGUUGCAUCUCCUGUUGUUGCUGGCGCUGUCACCUUACUACUGAGUUCAGUGCGUCAUCGUGGUGACGUCAUUAACCCAGCCAGCAUGAAGCAGGCGUUAUUGGCAUCAGCCAGACGGAUACCCUUGGCAAAUAUCUUUGAACAAGGUCAUGGUAAGCUCGAUCUUAUCAAGGCAUAUCAAGUAUUAUCCAGUUAUAAACCUCAAGCCAGUCUGAGUCCGAGUUACGUGGAUCUGACGGAAUGUCCAUAUAUGUGGCCAUAUUGUGAACAACCUCUCUACGCGUUUAGUGUUCCUGUCAUUGUGAAUGUUACUGUAUUGAAUGGUAUGGCCGUUACUGGUGCCAUUGUCGGCGAGCCUGUUUGGCAUCCAUAUUUACCUCAAAAUGGAGAUAGGAUUGAUAUUUCCUUUGCGUAUUCUCGAGUUUUGUGGCCUUGGUCGGGUUAUCUUGCUUUGUUCAUCCGGGUUAAUCCAGCGUCGUCCACGUGGUCAGGUAUUGCUGAAGGUCACGUGUCAAUCAACAUUUCCUCCCCACCUCAGGGUGACGAAAUGAAUCGAAGUACCUCAACAAUUAAGUUACCAGUAAGAGCCAGAAUAAUGCCAACACCAGAGAAGAGAAUCCUGUGGGAUCAGUAUCACAAUUUACGAUAUCCUCCUGGUUAUUUUCCUCGAGACAAUCUAAAAAUGAAAAAUAGUCCAUUAGAUUGGAAUGGAGACCAUAUACACACAAAUUUUCGAGAUAUGUUCAAUUAUAUCACAAAGCAAGGACAUUUCAUCGAAGUACUUGGGUUGCCUUUGACUUGUUUUAAUGCAUCACAGUAUGGGACUCUGAUGAUAGUCGAUGCCGAGGAAGAGUAUUUUCCCGAAGAAAUCACGAAACUACGCGAAGAUGUAGAACACGGAUUAUCCUUAAUCGUCGUUGCCGAUUGGUACAAUGUAGAAGUUAAAAAAGUGAAAUUCUACGACGAAAAUACUCGACAGUGGUGGAUGCCAGAUACGGGGGGAGCGAAUGUGCCAGCUCUCAAUGAACUGUUAGCCCCGUGGAAUAUGGCGUUUAGUGAUGAAGUGUAUGAAGGAGAUUAUACGCUUGCCGAUAACUCGGUUUAUUACGCAUCUGGUACAAGCAUUUUGAAAUUUCCCUCCCAUGGCAUCGUAAUAAAGACAAAGUUGAACGAUCAAAGCUACGAAGUUACAUCGGGCAAAAGUAGGACAGCUCUUAAUGUUCCAGUAUUGGGACUUUAUCAAACCAUGCCAGAAGACGGCGGACGGAUUGUUCUGUAUGGAGAUUCCAAUUGUCUUGAUAGCGCGCUCUUACAGCGAGAUUGUUUUUGGUUGUUAAGCGACAUGUUGAAGUUCACAUCAAGUAAUGAGCUAUCUUCAACGUUUGCCGAAUUUAAGGGAAAUACGAUUGAAGACGGCGAGCUGCAGGUUCAACCUCAAAGAAUGGAAGGUAAUAAUUUAAAUCGAUACUCAAAAGUAUUGGAUUCACGGUUGGGACCAGCCAAGGCGAAAGAUUUGCCUGUAUGCCAUAAAUACACUUGGUCGGAAGCACAACCUUUAAAUGUUUCAUCUUCCGGCGAUCUUUAUAAUCAACCUAAACUGUUAUGGAUUGGUCAGCCUGCAUUGAUAGACCUAUCACGACAAAACAAAGUCAACUUUCCCGUUCCAAACGACUGGGACUCAAGUGACGAUGAACCUUUGAUGGAUAUAUGGUACACUUUCCCUAUCUACGUCCUUCUAAUAUCCUCCAUUAUCCUAGUGUACUUUGCUUUGCUGACGUGUCGAUCACGUGGGAAGGUGAUUAGACCAAGGAGAGCUUUCAAAUUUCGCAUUCCGACCACAAAAUUAUUUGUUUAAUCAAACUUGCUGCAUUUCCUCAUAUAUUCAUGGAAGAUAGCUCAAUAUCUGUUGACUUGGUCCAUUUCUUCACUUAAAGUACAAAUCUUUGCCAUGACAAG